AUUAUUAUUUUUAGAGACGAUGAAGGUACUAUGAUGAAGACUUGUGAAGAUGGUCGUAUUGAAGGAGUUGCUAGGACAUGAAGCCGUUGGACCAAGAAUGUAACCUUUGAGAUUCUUAGUAUUGCACAUUCACUUCCAGCAAUUAUUUUAAUUCCCAGAGAGUUCUUUCGUGAAUGUUUCCCAAACGCUGUUUUAAUAUCACAAUCGCUGUUUGAAAAUAUAUUAUAAUGGAGAACCCUCAGCAAGUGCCCGUGCCCAUCUAUAAUCCUGUACCAAAGACGCGAGAGAGGAAAAACAAUGAGUGCGUCAACAGAAAAUUGAUCGUCCCUAAAUUGCUGCUGAUGACAUUUUAUGGAGCCUUGGGUUGCCUGCUGCCAUUCCUGACGCUGCACAUGAAGCACCUCGGCCUGACGCACGAUGAGAUCACCUGGAUUAACUCUGUACUCCCCCUCACCUCCAUCUGGGGUCCCCCCCUUGCCGGCUUCCUGGCGGACCGCAGCGGACGCCAUAAAGCCAUCACUAUCCUCGCCAUGCUGCUCGCGGCGCUAUUCCACAUGCUGCUGCUGUUCGUGCCGCCGUGCGACCGCGUGGCGCCUCAUCCGCCGCCGCUGCAGUUCUGGUGUAACAACGAGCGCUCUCAUCUCUCCCUAGUGCCUUGUGACGCGCCCUUCUUCGGCAACCCCUGUGAUAAAUACUCCGGCCAUCUCAGAAUGCUGGCAAACUUUAGAUUAGACAACUGUCGUUAUCACUGCAGCAAUGCAACGACAGCCUUUUUGUUCGACAAUCCUGAGGAUGACAUGACCAUGGAUAGCGAGGACUCCUUACAAGGCUUACAGCUGCCCACCAUCGAACAGUCGCUACCAGCAUCCCUGCCGAUGGUUUGCUUCGUGGACGCGUCUGGUCGCCAGGAGUGCCGUACGAUGGCCACCUCCGAACACUCGUUGACCUUCCGACGGCCGCUUGUGCUCGAGGAUGUGACGCGCGUAGCAGACGCCAGGAUACAAACGUGUCAGUUCGAGCAGGGGGAGUCAACGUAUGAAGGCAGUGCGUUUCAUAACGUCGUGUGUCCCACCGACAGUCAGUGCAGCGUCGUGUGUGAUGCUGCCGAACAGAGCAACGGGACGAUGUUCCUACAAACGGGCGUGUGCGAGAGCGUGGAAGGCAACCCGCAGGUGACGUUUUGGGUGUACUUCGUGGUGAGAGCUCUGGCCGACCUCUUCCCUACGGUGCUCAUCUCGCUGCUCGACGCCAUGGUGCUCACUAUGGUCACGCAAUACAAUGGAGACUUCGGCCGCCAGAAGAUGUUUGGUCUCGUCUCUGUGGGCAUAACUGCCCCUCUGGUGGGUAUCCUGAUGGACGGACGCUUUGGGUCGUACGGUAACCUGAAGUACGGUCCUGUGUUCUACGUCUUCACGGCCCUCAUGCUCGUGUCGGCCGUCAUCACGCUCUUCCUGCCCUUCCAAGUCGAGCUCCGCACCAACAGCCUGUUGAAAAGCUUGUCGCUGCUCUUCAGAAACGGAGAACUCGUCGUGCUCUUCUUGAUCAUGUUUGUUCUGGGGUCAUUCUGGAGUUACUUGGAGACUUUCUUCUACAUUUACCUGGAAUCUCUGCACGCUCCUAAACUGCUCAUCGGCCUCACCAUAACCAUCGGCAUAGUGCCAUCAAUACCGUUCUUGUUCAAGAGUGAAAGAAUAGUCAACUAUUGCGGCCAUCACCACCUACUCAUGCUCGCUUUUGUGAUGUAUUGCAUCAGGUUCUUGGGUUUCGCGUACAUGAGGAACCCUUGGUGGAGCAUGCCGCUGGAGGUGCUGGAGCUGUUCACGCUAAACAUGCUACAGGUCGCAGCCUCCACUCUAGCCUUCGUGCUCGCACCCAAGAGUCUCGUCGCUACGGCUCAAGCUUUCGUCUUUAUUGCCCACUUCACUUUUGGUCGCUGUGUCGGUGCGCUCGUAUCAGGCGUCCUCAUCGACGCCUACGGGAUGAUCAAAGUAUUCCUGGGGGCGAGUGCGGUGUCCGGGUUACUGGGCGCCGUGUACUUCAUCUCUUAUUACUGCAUACGCUGGCGCAACAAGAAGACUGGCAGGAGCUCCAGACAAGCCGGCAAACAAAACAACAGUCAGCUCACGCAGCACAAUGCCAACGGUGAUCAGACUGCGCUCAUAGGUCUUAUCUAUAAUAUACUUUAAGUAUGGCAUCUUCUUUGCAAUGACGCCGGCAAACAAAACAACAGUCAGCUCACGCA